CAUUUACUUCGCUAGUAAAUAAUGGCGGCUUCAUGUAGGGCGUAAUAUACCGUAGCAAUCCGACUAAUCUUCUAUUAAACAUGCAUAUCCGUAACAACUCGUAGCAUUUGAUGACGCAUAAGUCAUUUGACUUCAUGUUGGUUGUGAAAAUUUGAAGAGUGAGGCCAUUUUAAAGAAUGGAGCUGAGGGUAGGCAACAAGUACAGGCUUGGGAGGAAAAUAGGAAGUGGAUCCUUUGGUGACAUAUAUCUAGGAGUGAACAUCAUCAAUGGAGAGGAGGUAGCAAUCAAAUUAGAAUGCGUGAAGACGAAGCAUCCGCAGCUGCACAUAGAGAGCAAGUUCUACAAGAUGAUGCAGGGAGGAGUGGGCAUUCCAGCAAUAAAGUGGUGCGGCGCCGAGGGCGACUACAAUGUCAUGGUGAUGGAGCUACUCGGUCCUAGUCUCGAAGAUCUCUUCAACUUCUGCAACCGAAAGUUCAGCCUGAAGACGGUCCUACUACUAGCUGACCAGAUGAUUAGUCGAAUUGAAUACAUACACUCCAAGAACUUCAUCCACCGGGACAUCAAGCCAGACAACUUUCUCAUGGGUCUGGGCAAGAAGGGCAAUCUUGUGUACAUAAUAGACUUUGGACUCGCCAAAAAAUAUCGUGAUCCGCGCACGCACCAGCACAUACCCUACCGGGAGAACAAGAACCUGACGGGCACGGCUCGAUACGCCUCCAUCAACACUCACUUAGGGAUAGAGCAAAGUCGGCGCGACGACCUGGAGUCGCUGGGCUACGUGCUCAUGUACUGCAACCGCGGCAGCCUGCCCUGGCAGGGCCUCAAGGCCGUCACGAAGCGGCAGAAGUACGAGCGCAUCAGCGAGAAGAAGAUGUCGACGCCCAUCGAGGAGCUCUGCAAGACCUACUCGUCCGAAUUCGCGACCUACCUGAACUUCUGUCGUUCGCUGAAGUUUGACGACAAGCCCGACUACAGCUACCUGCGUCAGCUCUUCCGGAACCUGUUUCACCGACAGGGAUUCACCUACGACUACGUGUUCGACUGGAACAUGCUGAAAUUCGUUAUUGCAGUGCCGCCGUCGCCGCACGCGAUCCAGGAGCCGCUCGACGCCCGCCGGCCGAUCGCCCGCGGCGCGCACCACAGCCGCCCGCUGCCGCCCAACGACACGGCGGCGCCCUCUAGUCCGCCGCGCGCGCCCGCCGCGCACGCCAUGGCCGGGAUGAGCAGCCUGCGGCGUGGCGCGCGGGCCCCGGACCGCGACGCGGGGCUGCACAAGGGCCCGUAUCGGACGUACGUGCCGCAGAGGUAG